AUGACAAUUGAUCAGUUGAUUGAAUCAAAGUGGUAUGAAUCAUAUGAAUCUUAUAGUAUUAAUCAUAAUUUACCAAUAGAUAAUACUAUUAAACCUUCAUUUUCAUCAACACCCCAACAACAACAACAACAACAAACCACUCCAGAAAUAGACUUGAAUAAUGAUAUUCCAAAUAUAAUCCAACUAAUUAAUAACCAAUCAAAUGUAGAAGAAUUAUCUACAGAAUUAACCAAUGUUCUACUAAAAUAUUAUUGGGCAGGAUUUGAUAUUGGUUAUGAAUGUUCUAACCCCAAUAAGAAUAGCACUAAUAGUAGUAGCAGUUAA